GCCACAUAGCCGACGGCGCCAUCCCUGGUCGCCCUCCCCCCGUCGCUGCCGGCGGUCACGGUCACGCUCGCCCAUGUGCACGGCAACGGACACGGUACGCAGCAAACAACGUGGGCGGCCAAAAAGACCACACACGAGCCGAGCACUCAGCACCCAUCUGUGUGUGACAUCACUGCAGGUAGUGGUAGAGAAGUGGCCUUUCAAUGAACCUCUUGCGAAACUGGAGAAACUGGCCAAAGAGGUACGUGCGCCGUAUGUGUGUGGACGCUUCCGUGGAGAUGUGUGUGUGUGUGUGUGUGUGUGUGCAUGGUGCAGGGGCAGCCCGCCGACUGCCCCUCGCCAUUGGAUCUGCGCCGAGACUCGAGGGAGGGCAAUUUGUGCUUCAUUCAGUUUUCGACGCCAGACGACGCCAUCAUGUUCCUCGAGGUCAGUGAAGUCAUCCAAAGGGGAUGGAAGCAUGGCGUCGACACCGUGUGUGUGUGUGUGUGUGUGUGUCAGGCGCACCGUGUCAACGCGCCGUGCCGCUAUGGUCUGGUGCGGGAGGGGCACAUCUACCCUCUGCAGUACUCCAAGCACAACUCCAUCAAAGCCAAGAACAGUCUGGACGGCCCACCCUCACCUCGACGCACACCUCACCCCUGGUCGCCCUCGCCCCGUCGCCGCCAUCGGUCACGAUCCCGCUCGCCGCUGGCGCGAGUAGAGAUUCCCAUACACGCGGCAACAAACACGGUGGGUAGGCUAGGCAGCCAAAGCUAAGCCAAGACCCAUUCGUCCGUUCUCCCAAUUGGUUGGCUGUUCUGGCUGUCCUGUGUGACAGAUAACUGUCUAUCGGUGGUCCCCAUAUGAGAGCCUUAACGAUCUGGAGAGGCUGGCCACAGAGGUAUGGAUGCAUGCAUCCAUGCAGCUUCCCCCCUGAGCUCUCACUCACACAUGCGCCAUGCUGUCUCGUUUGCAGGGAAGGAGCUGCCCUUCGCCCGUGGACGUGCGGCGAGAGAGGGGAGACGGCGGGGGACUCUGCUUCAUCCAGUUCGAGUCAUCAGCGGACGCAACCCAAUUCCUCCAGGUGCGUGGGUGCGCCGAAGAAAGUGUAUACGCCUCCCUCCUGUGUUUUUGUCCAUGCAUCCAUCAGGGGCACCGUGUUGUCGAUCCGGAUCAUCAGUUCGGCCUGGUGCGGGGCGAGCAGAUCUAUCCCCUGUCGUACUCGAGACGCGACUCAAACCCUGCAAGCAGGUGCGUGGGGGAGAGAGAGACGCGAGAGAGCACGCCCACGGCUGUCCAUCAUUGCGCAUUGUGUCGUCUGAUGCACUGCAGGCGGCAGAGGUGAGUGAGUGUGAAGAUAACCCAGCUAGAGGGAGGGAGGGAGUGUUUUUGUAGGCGUGGACGGUCAUUCUCAGCUAGGCCUUUUAUGUGGCAAGGUGUCACUUAUCAUUUGCCCCAUGUGUGUGUAUGUGUGUGGUGUGUACGUGGGCUUGUUCGGGGGAAGUCAAUUUGGGCUCCUUUGUGGCGGGCAAAUCUACCCCUUGCUGUUUUCGAGGCAAAACUCGUGGGGGCGCAAGUAGGCCAGCCCAAACACACUACGCGUGUGUUGGUGAUAUCGAAUCGGACAGAGGAGGGAGGGAGGGGAGGGGAGGGGAGGCGUGUGUCCGUCAGUCAGUAGCUUUAUAUAUAUAUUAUAUGUGGCUUCAUUACAUGUACGGUGCGUAUGUGUGUAGCCAGCCAAUUUGCAUACGUGUGUACGUUUUGGUGUGCGUGUGUGAUAUCUGGGGCUAACUAACUAACCGUGCCUGUCGCGUAGAAUGCAAUCAAUGCACCAAUCAAUACA